AUGGGGACAGUAAAAAAAUCGAGAAGAGCCUUGGUUAUCCUGAUCAACCAGGCACGGCUCCUCUGGAUGCGAGGAUCUCAAGCAGAGGCCUUCACAGAGCAGCUAAGACAAUUAAACCAAGGUAAAUCAUUACAUGUCAAGGACCCGCUAACUCGUCUCUCCCCCUUUCUAGAUGAUGAAGGCAUCAUCCGCCUCGGUGGCAGACUUUCAGAGGCCUCUUUACCAUACGCUGAGAAACACCCGAUCAUCCUACCUGCUGGACACAACUCCAACCUCAUCAUUAGCGACCUCCAUUUGAGAACCUUCCAUGGUGGUCUACAAGCAACCUUAAGUACUCUUCGACAACAAUAUUGGAUCCUGAAUGAUCGCCGAGCUGUUAAGGGUCCCAUUCCCAAGUGCACCAAAUGUCUUAGGUAUGAUGGAAAACCAAGAACUCCAAUUAUGGUCCACCUACCAUCACCGAGAAUUACCCCUUCUCCAGCCUUUACUCACACUGGACUCGACUACGCUGGACCCAUCAACGUGAGAAUGAAACCUGGGAGAGGUCACAAAUCCUACAAGGGCUAUAUCGCCCUUUUCGUGUGGCUUGCCACCCGCGCCAUUCAUCUGAAAGUUGUCUCUGAUUAUACAAGCCAGACGUUCCUAGUAGCUCUAGAUCGGUAUGUUUCUCGCCGUGGAACCCCCUCGGACAUCUACAGUGACAAUGGCUCAAACUUCCAAGGAGCUAGGGGCGAACUAAAAUUAGUUCAAACCCAGGUUGAACAAGACAACAAUUUACAAGCUACAAUGGCCACCCGAGGGAUCCAUUGGCACUUCAUACCCCCAAGCUCCCCACAUUUUGGAGGACUAUGGGAAGCUGCAAUUAAAUCAGUGAAGAAUCAUCUGAGAAGGAUGACCAACAACUGCACUCCAACCUUCGAAGAGUGGUCUACUUUACUCAGUAAAAUCGAGUAUUGUCUCAAUUCUCGCCCAAUCAGCCCUCUCCACGACGAUUCUGAGGACCUAAACGCCUUAAAAUCCGGCUACUUUCUCAUCAGGGAACCGCUCAAUGCCCUCUUCGUCCACCCUCGAGCUAAACCCAAACAGACAUUCUCGAUGGCAACUCGUGCACCAGAUCAGCGAUAG